CUGGAGGCAGCCUCAAGAUGCGAAAACCAAAUAUCGCGAGAAAUCCCCAUCCGAGCCUGCGCUGUCGGCUUCAACUCUCGUGAGAUUUUCUCUCCGUCUCUCCGUGUCCAAAAUCGGCUGGCGUCAGCUCGCAAGGACUCCAGAUUCGUUUUCUCGGCUAAAUAACCUUGUUUCUCGAGGCUUUCAGUCUUUUACCUCAGUGGAUUGUUCCACACCAAGGACUCGCAGCUUUCUGGAUUGUGAUUGGCUAGACGAAGCAAAACAUUGAAUCAUGGGGAAUAUUUUUGGCAAUCUGCUGAAGAGUCUGAUAGGGAAGAAAGAGAUGAGAAUUCUGAUGGUUGGAUUAGAUGCUGCUGGUAAAACCACCAUCCUUUACAAACUGAAGCUGGGAGAGAUCGUGACCACCAUCCCAACCAUUGGCUUUAACGUGGAGACAGUGGAGUACAAGAACAUCAGCUUCACUGUGUGGGAUGUGGGUGGUCAGGAUAAAAUCAGACCACUCUGGAGACACUACUUUCAAAAUACACAGGGUCUUAUCUUUGUGGUGGACAGCAACGAUCGGGAGAGGGUUAACGAGGCACGGGAGGAGUUAAUGAGGAUGCUUGCUGAAGAUGAACUGCGUGACGCUGUCCUCCUUGUCUUUGCAAACAAACAGGAUCUGCCAAACGCGAUGAACGCAGCUGAGAUCACAGACAAACUCGGCCUACAUUCGCUCCGCCAUCGCAACUGGUAUAUACAAGCGACCUGCGCGACCAGCGGCGACGGUCUGUACGAAGGGCUCGACUGGCUCGCCAAUCAGCUGAAGAAUAAGAAGUGAGGGGCGGGAUUUUCGCGACGCGGCCGUCUCUCGCUUUGGGAAAGGGGUGGGACUAAUCUGGCCUUCGGAAUCGUUAUUUGAUUUGGUUUUCGUUAUUUUUUCUUUUGGGCUGUAUUCUGGAAAAACACAUCACGUGGUUUACGGAGCCUUCUACGCUCCGUGUUAAAUCAUCUCUAUGUUCGAACGCGCGCACACGCAUUCACACGCAGAUCAAUAUUUCCUCUGUCGACUUUUCCCAUUUCGCCGUGCGAAAAGUGUCGGUUUGUAGCAUCAACGUUUAGUCGAUUUUAUCGUCUCUCCCUCACUCGCUCACGUGUUUACAAUCGGUGAUCAGUGUUGUCCUUGACUGCCAUGAAAAAGAUCGUUGGGUCUGAGCGUGCUCAUGUAUUAUGUGCUUAUGUAUUUCCUCGUACAGAUGCGAUUAUAAUGCGGUUUGCCUCCUCGCGCACACAAUAUCCACAGUCUGGCAGGUUUUUUUCGGUCGGUUGCUGCGUUUUGCAUGGCUCUUUCUCUCGGUGUGUCGUGUUUUAGGCCUUGUGGCGUGGUAGAGGUUAGAGCUGCAUGCGUGUGUUCGGUCACACGGAGCUGGUUAGUGUUGCAUGCUGCUUUGUGGCUGCGCUGUGCUGGAAUGGACGCUUGUCGCACGUCCCUCGCCUGAAUUGUGAGUCAAACGUGGUUGCUGUUGGGUGGUCCGCCGUAAUUCGCAUUCGAUUGAAGCUGUAAAUAAAGCUUUUUCCAAUCAAACGCCCCCUUUGUUGUAGAAUUGACUUGGCUAAUUGUUGCAUGGGUAUUGUUUUGUACGAAUCACUAGCAUUGUCUGCAUGGCAUGCAUGCUGUGCUGUCAGUCCGAUAGAUAGAUAGAUAGAUAGAUAAAUAGAUGGAUAGAUGGAUAGAUAGAUAGAUAGAUAGAUAGAUAGAUAGAUAGAUAGAUAGAUAGAUAGAUAGAUAGAUAGAUAGAUAGGUAGGUAGAUAUAUAGAUAGAUAAAUAGAUAGAUAGAUAGAUAGAUAGUGAUAUGCUAUUUAACAGUCCUUUAUUAGUUGCUAUAUUAAUUUGCCACUGAUAUGAUUAGUAGAUUAUGACACUAAACUGUUGCCUAUUUUUGCUAUUGCUUUCAUAUUAGUGAACAGCAUUAAAAUAGCACACACGUACACUAAACCUUGGUAUGUCAGUGGUCUGCGGCAAACUGCAUAAUAACGCAUCUGUGUUCGUUUGCAUGUUUCAUGCUCAUAAUUUCAUAAUAAUUCAUAAUAUCAUAAUAAUGCGUUAUGUGAGUUCGGAUUAACACAUUGCCCCCAACGAAUGUGAAUUUUGUUGAAUCAGUGCACACAUUUGGGCUUUAUUCAUGGUGUUUUUGAUCAUUAUAGUUCAAAAACUAUAUAUAUAUAUAUAUAUAUAUAUAUAUAUAUAUAUAUAUAUAUAUAUAUAUAUAUAUAUAUAUAUAUAUAUGUAUAUGUAUGUAUUUGUAUAUGUGUAUGUAAUUGUUUUAAGUAGGUUGUCUUUUGUGUUUAACACUUCAUAAUCUAUAACAUAAUCUAUAUCUGUUACAGAGUACAAGGACAAAUGAAUAUCAAAUGCUAUCCUAUUUUACCGUGCUAGCUAGUGUAAAUACAACAGAACCGCUUAUCCUGCAUUGCGUACGUGUUAACACACAGUCUGUUUGUAAUUGUAUGUGUUUCUAACAUAGUUUGCAUUUUUGCCAUCUUCCCACUUAAUACCCGGCACCUUGACACUAAAACCCAUUGUUAUGACUCUUAUGACUGUAUGAACAUUUAUACGAGGCAAGUCUUUUAGACCCGGGACGUGAUUCGAAUGGAGUCCUGUAUUCUUUUGAACGACGUGUGGGCGACGCAGGUACGGGAGAGUUACCAAAACAACUGUGCUGUUUAGCAAGACACUUAACCUCAGAUGAUCCAGUUUGGCUACGGAGCGUAAGCUUAGUUAGCUUCUCUCACUUUACGGUAGUAUUUCAGCAUAUAAUGCAAACAGGGCCAUUUCUACACAAGUCUGCGGUGUGAAUCGUCCAGUCUGUUAAGUUUUGUGGCCUUAUCUUCUUACAAAAGUGUGUUUUCACAAGGUUAUUUAUUAACUAAGUUAUCGGGUCACUGAGUUGCUCGUUUUGUUUUAGCUGAUCUGGGAACAAAAGGGGUUAGAAAAUCUCAAAUACAUAGUUUGCUUGAUUUCGAAGCAUUUAUUCUUUGCAUUAAAUAGUUUGUGUGCUUACUGAGUAGCUAGGGUCGACUCUUUAGGAUGGUUUGAAGUUUUGAGUUUUAUCUUCUUCGGUAUUAUGUUUUUUAUUUACGUAUUUAUUUUGGUGAGUGUUUUCGGUGAAUGUGUUUUUACCUCCGUGCGCUUACGCAUUUUCUUUGUUGGUUUUUUUACUGUGUUGGGUAAAUCAUUUUGAUGGCUAUACAGUGUCAGUGAACAUAAUCAAUGACGGGGAAAACGGUUUCUCGCUGAAUAAUAAAUGAAUAAAUAGAAAACGUAGAAAUCAUGGAUGAGAUGUGUAAUUAUCUGUUACAGUAGAUUAAGAAAGAUUAUCGUUGAUUAUUAUGAUGUAGACACCAAAAUCUUUCUCUCCCUCUGAUCCCUGACUGUAACACUACACUCAAAUAAAAAUGUGAAAAUGA